AUGCCUGGCACGGGGAGCAAUCCGCAGACCUUGUAUGACAAGGUCCUGUCGGAUCAUGUCGUUGACGAGAAGCUCGAUGGGACGAUUUUGCUGUACAUCAACCGGCAGUUGCUUCACGAAGUGACAUCACCCCAAGCUUUUGAGGGCUUGAAAAAGGCAGGGAGAAGGGUUCGCCGUCCGGAUUGUACUCUUGCCACGACCGAUCACAAUGUGCCCACCACGUCGAGAAAAGGCAUGAAGGACAUUGCCACGUUCAUCAAGGAAGACGACUCGAGAACACAGUGCGUGACGCUUGAGGAAAACGUCAAGGAGUUUGGCCUCACCUACUUUGGCCUCGGCGACAAGCGCCAGGGCAUCGUGCACGUCAUCGGGCCCGAGCAGGGCUUCACCUUGCCCGGGACCACCGUGGUCUGCGGCGACAGCCACACGUCCACCCACGGGGCGUUUGGCGCGCUGGCCUUUGGCAUCGGCACCAGCGAGGUCGAGCACGUCCUGGCCACGCAGUGCCUGAUCACCAAGCGCAGCAAGAACAUGCGGAUCCAGGUCGAUGGCCAGCUGGCCCCCGGCGUGAGCUCCAAGGAUGUCGUGCUCCACGCCAUUGGCAAGAUUGGCACCGCGGGCGGCACCGGCGCCGUGAUUGAGUUCUGCGGGUCCGUCAUCCGCAGCCUCAGCAUGGAAGCCCGCAUGUCCAUCUGCAACAUGUCCAUCGAGGGCGGAGCGCGCGCCGGCAUGGUUGCUCCCGACGAGACCACCUUUGAAUACCUCAAGGGACGCCCCCUGGCCCCCAAGCACGGCUCCGACGAGUGGAACAAGGCCGUUGCCUACUGGAGAUCCCUGCAGUCCGACCCGGAUGCCAAGUACGACGUCGACGUCUUCAUCGACGCCAAGGACAUCGUCCCCACCGUCACCUGGGGCACCUCUCCCGAAGACGUCGUCCCCAUCACCGGGGCGGUCCCGGACCCCGAGACCUUUGCCACGGAGCCCAAGAAGGCGGCCGGACGCAGGAUGCUCGAGUACAUGGGCCUCACCGCCGGCACGCCCAUGGAGGAGAUUGCCGUCGACAAGGUGUUUAUAGGAUCCUGCACCAACUCGCGCAUCGAGGACCUCCGCGCGGCCGCUCACGUCGUCAGGGGCCGGAAGAUUGCCGCCAACAUCAAGCGGGCCUUGGUCGUGCCGGGAUCCGGCCUGGUCAAGGCGCAGGCCGAGGCGGAGGGCAUCGACCAGGUCUUUGUCGACGCCGGGUUCGAGUGGCGCGAGGCCGGCUGCAGCAUGUGCCUGGGCAUGAACCCGGACAUCCUGGCUCCCCAGGAGCGAUGCGCCAGCACCUCGAACCGCAACUUUGAGGGUCGCCAGGGCGCCGGCGGCCGGACGCACCUCAUGUCCCCCGUCAUGGCUGCCGCCGCAGCCGUUGUGGGCAAGCUUGCCGACGUGCGCAAGCUGUCCAACUACUCGGCCAGCCCGCACGUCGAGGCAAGCAUCACGCCGUCGACGACGACGACGCCGCCGCCGCCGCAGGAAGCACACGUCGACGAGGGAGUCGCCGACGAUGCCCACAAGCGCGAGGCGAUUGGCGACCAGCCCGAGGACUCGGAACCGCACACCAACACGCUGGUCGGCGGCGGCGGCGGCGGCGGCGGUUCCCCGUCGGCCGGGCUGCCCAAGUUUCUCAAGCUCAGGGGCGUCGCCGCGCCGCUGGACAUGGCCAACGUCGACACCGACGCCAUCAUCCCCAAGCAGUUCCUCAAGACCAUCAAGCGCACGGGCCUGGGGACGGCCCUGUUCCACGCGCUGCGCUACAAGGCCGACGGGUCCGACAACCCGGACUUUGUGCUCAACCGGGAGCCGUACCGCCAGGCCAAGAUCCUGGUGUGCACGGGGCCCAACUUUGGCUGCGGCUCGUCGCGCGAGCACGCCCCGUGGGCGCUGCUCGACUUUGGCAUCAAGUGCGUGAUUGCGCCCUCGUUUGCCGACAUCUUCUUCAACAACACGUUCAAGAACGGCAUGCUGCCCAUCCGGGUGGACAGCAAGGCGGACCUGGACGCCGUGGCCGCCGAGGCGCGCGCGGGCCGCGAGAUGGAGGUCGACCUGCCCAACCAGCAGAUCAGGAGCUCGGACGGGACGGCCAUCUGCGGCUUCGAGGUGGAGGAGUUCCGCAAGCACUGCCUGGUCAACGGGCUGGACGACAUUGGCCUGACGAUGCAGAUGGAGGACAAGAUUACCGAGUUUGAGAGGAAGAUGACGCAGAAGACGCCGUGGCUGGACGGCUCGGGGUACCUGAAGAGGCCGGGCCAGGGGGGGAGGCUGGCGGCCAAGGCGGUGCCGGUGCCCAAGACGAACCGAGGAGAGGAGAAGGGGGAGCCACUAGAGUGGUAG